GUGUCAUCGCGAUUCAUCAUUUUUGUCGUCAUUAAUAUCGCGCAGUUGAUUACAUUCGCGGCCACUCCGUAGUUGACGGCUCUACUCGCCCAACUUGCAUUUGCAUUUAGUCUUUACAAAGUCUGAACAAUGAACUCCCAAGUGGGAAAGCUUCUGGUCUCCCUGAGUGCUACUUUAGCACUGUUUGCCAGCACCUCAGUAGGAGAGCAGCCCGCAAGAAUAGUGUGCUAUUUCAGCAAUUGGGCUAUCUACCGUCCAGGCAUCGGCAAAUAUGGAAUCGAUGAUGUGCCAGCAAAUCUUUGCACUCACGUCAUUUACUCGUUCAUCGGUGUGAGCAAUGUCACUUGGGAAGUUCUGAUUCUUGAUCCGGAGCUCGAUGUCGAUCAAGGUGGAUUUGCCAAGUUCACUCGCUUGAAACGCAAGUAUCCUAACUUGAAGACUGAAGUUGCCGUUGGCGGAUGGGGCGAGGGCGGUCGUAAGUACAGUGCUCUCGUUGCUGUCAAGGAACGUAGGAAAACUUUCAUCAGAAGCGUUGUUGAAUUCAUGAAGAAAUAUGACUUCGACGGAUUCGACCUAGACUGGGAGUAUCCAGGAGCUACCGAUCGCGGUGGCAAAUUUUCCGACAAGGACGUGUUCUUCUACUUCGCGGAGGAAUUGAGAAGAGCAUUCGAUCGCGAAGGUCGCGGCUGGGAAAUCACAAUGGCCGUGCCGAUGGCGAAAUUCCGUCUCGACGAGGGCUAUCACGUACCCGAGCUCUGCGAGAAUGUCGAUGCCAUUCACGUCAUGUCGUACGAUCUUCGCGGUAAUUGGGCAGGUUUCGCCGACGUGCACAGCCCCUUGUACAAGAGGCCUCACGACCAGUGGGCUUACGAAAAACUCAACGUGAACGAUGGCCUUCAGUUGUGGGAGAAUUACGGUUGUCCAGCCAACAAACUCGUCGUCGGCAUACCGUUUUACGGUAGGAGCUUCACCCUGAGCCAGAGCAACAACAACUAUAAUCCAGGAACUUACAUCAACAAAGAGGCUGGCGGUGGGGCUCCUGGUAAAUACACCGGUGCCAAAGGAUUCUUAGCUUACUACGAGAUCUGCGCCGAAGUGAACGACCCAGACUCCGGUUGGACCAAGAAGUGGGAUGAUCAGGGAAAAGUUCCUUACGCCUACAAGGGCACGCAGUGGGUAGGCUACGAAGACCCGGAGAGCGUGCAAAUCAAGAUGGAUUGGAUCAAGUCUAAAGGGUACGCUGGCGCCAUGACCUGGGCGAUCGAUAUGGACGACUUCCGCGGCAUUUGCGGCAGGAAGAACGACCUGUCUCUCAUUCUCUACGAGAACAUGCGCGAUUACAGCGUCCCCGAGCCGCAGCGCAGCACCACCCCGAGGCCCGAGUGGUCGCGACCAAAGAGUACGACACCCGACUCGUCGGAGGCUAUCUACACGACGCCGACUCGCGAAACCGAGGAGACCACUCGGCCAACUCGACCGCACCGGCCGACCCAGCCAGUACCGCGUCCAACUUACAGGCCGACGACGCCGGCCCCGGCGAAGCCAACCGAAGAGAUCGACGAGAGCGACAACGAGAUCAAGUGCGCCGACCAGGACUUCAUGCCUGCCAAGGAUUGCGCUGUGUAUUACAGAUGCGUAUACGGAAAGCCAUUGAAGUUCCAGUGCCGCGACGGUCUUGUCUAUAGCCCCGAGAAAUUCAUUUGCGACUGGCCACAGAACGUCGACCGUCCAGAAUGUCACUAGACGCUAACGAACCUUGAACAUUCGUUCGUUCGCAUCGAUACGACGAGCUAUUAUACCCAUUUAUGAUCUAUUAUAUCGCUCGUCAACCGUGAGACGACGGUAAAAAACGAUGUCCGUGUGAUUUGUGACUUGAACAUAAAUUAGCGUAAUUAUACAUUGUAAUUUCAAUCAAAUAAUCUAUAUCUAUUGAUAUAUUCAAAUUCAAAUAACUUAUACUUUCAUAUAAGGUAUCCAUUAUAUAGUUAGUCUCAAAUAUCUAUACCUAUGUACUGAUUGUAAGUUGCUAUUACUGUCAUAACAUUUUUUUAAGAAUAAAUAAGUUAAGUUUAAUUGUAAAGUAUAGAAUGUAA